AUGUCGGAUUCCGAAGAUUUAAGCAGCUUCUCGGCUUUGUCAUUGGGUCCACCUGAAAUUUCUUCUGGUGACUAUGAAGUUCUUGACGAAGAUAAGGUCUGUAAUAGUUCGAUUAAGUCUGGAAACAGCAAACAGCAGUCAUCGAAUAUUAUCAUUCAGACUCAAGAUAAUGAUGAAAUUGAGGAUUCAUUGAAGAAAGUGGAAAUUGAAGAUUCCGUCAAGGUUGAGUUGGAUAAACUAAGUAGUGACAAGUGUUUCAGUAAAUGUGCAACAUUUCCAUGUUCUGCUGGGAGUAAAUACUCGGAUGGUACAUUUGAUGGAAUAGAAGAGCAAAAAGGUGAUUCUACCCCUCAUGAUUUAAUGCAGAAAGGCUGUGCUACGUCUGCCAGUUCGUACACUCGUUCAGUGUCUUUGCCUACUCCUGUGAAGCUUGUAUCUGCCCUGAAAGGAAGCCGAGAGAAACUAGGGGCUCCACCAAGGAAUCUGACAGUAAAAUGGGCUCCUGAUGUCUAUGAUCCAAUACCAACUUCUGCUUCUCAUGUACCAAACAGAAAGCCACAACGAUAUAACAAGAGGAAUGGAAAGAACAAGCAGAAAGGUAGUAGCAAAGCUUCUCGAGGUAAGGGCAAGGAGAAGAAGCAAUCUCGGAAGUCUGGUGGGAGUUCCACCAAACAUUACAAACUAGCCGACAAUGAAUCUAGUGGAGCUUGGUACGGCAAUCCUCAGCCUAGUAUACUUGAGUUUGGUGUUGGCUGCCCAGAUCCUUUCGGCGACAGCCAAGGAAGUGAAGUUUUAUCUGGUGGACUCGCAUCCAGUGCUGUUGAUUUUGGUGUUACCAACCCAGAUCCCUUCUGUGGCCAUUCUUUCCUGAAGAAAUCUGUUGCGUCGAUGCACUUCCCAGUUACCGAAGCUACUUGA